AUGGACACUGGCAGUUCCAGCAUGGAAGCGACAGCGGCUGUGCCCAGAGGACGCUGGAACCGAGCGCGAUCGCAGAAGAGCAAGGUCAGCGAAAACUGUGAAAAUGGAGGACAGCCAUGGCGGCGUGCUCGUGGUGCUGUUGAGGAGGUCUUGAAGAUCGAGGGUGCAGAGCGACCUGGUGUAGGCUCUACAGUGCGUCUUCGACGCGGUUUGCAGAUGCCCCAAUUGGGCCUUGGCAGUGGUGAUCUCGAAGGUAGAGAAGGUCGUGAGGCUAUUUGUACUGCGCUCAGAGCAGGCUACAGACUCAUUGACACAGCUUUGUUCUACAGGACUGAAAAAGAGAUUGCGGCUGGCAUCCGCAUGGCUGGCCUAAAGCGUGAGCAGGUCUUCAUUUGCACAAAAGUGCUGCAGAAGGCACAUGCGAGUGAUGCUCAGGUUCGCAACUCUUUGAAGGAGAGCCUUCGAAAUUUGGACACCAACUAUGUGGACCUUUAUGUCAUCCACAAUCCAAGAGCUGGCAGAAUCAAGGAGGUGUGGUCUUUGCUGUUACAGCUUCGUGAAGAAGGUCUUUGCAAGGCCGUUGGAGUCUCGAACUUUGGUGUUGGACAGCUCGAAGGUCUACGGGAGUCGGGCCUGGAACUGCCUGAGGUGAAUCAGAUCGAGGUGCACUGCUGGCGUCAGCUGCAGAAAGUGACAGCCUACCACAGUGAACAUGGAAUUGCAACUAUGUGCAUGGCGCCCCUUGCGCGUGGCCGAAUGUUUGGCCGCAGCGAUCUGGCCAAGAUGGCACAGGAGAUGGGCCGCACAGAAGCAGAAGUGGCAAUUCGAUGGAGCUUGCAAAAAGGCUACAUUCCAAUUCCCAAGUCCAUCAAUCCAGAGCGCAUCCUUCUCAACAUGGCUGACGGGUUUGACCUGACCAAGCGUCAGAUGGAACGCGUUGAGCGAUUGGACACUGGAUUUAUGUCCUGCACGAUGGCUUCACCAUGCCACGAGCUGUCUUGGCAGCUGGUGGCAGACAGCAUUCCUGACCCUGACACAUGGGGAGGAAAUCGCAACAAGUCCAAAGGAUACGGGAAAGGCAAGUCGAAAUUUACACAUUCAGAGCCCACGAGAUGGUGA